GGCGUGGCUGUAUUGAGUUUCAUAUUUCCGGAUGUUCCGUGAAGCAAUCAUCUGCAUUACUGUGAAGGAAGCUAAUGCUACAUCCGUGAACGCAUCAGCUUUGUCAACAUGCACUUAAAGGUCGUUUUUGCUUAUUUUACCAUUAGUUUUCGUUGCUUAACUUCCUCAAAAACGCUUUAGCCAAUUAAAAUGGAACAUCUUAUCGAGCCGAGUUAGCCGGAUUGGUGUUUUUAUUCAUUUUCCCCUUGUGUCGUAGCCAACAAUCAGUUACAAGAGCGAACUAGAAGGAACUAGCCGCUGUUAGCCCCCGUAAACAUGGCGAUCGUUCCCGGCUCCUGUGCCCGGGUGAACGGCUCCAGAAACGGGCCCUCUAUGUCUGUUACACCAUCGGGUUCUUCUGGACAGUCUCAGCCCAUGAUAGCUGUGUGGGAAUGGCAGGACGACUUAGGCUUCUGGCGGCCAUACAGCGGCCAGGUGAGUGCCUACAUCGAACGGUGCCUGUCUCCGAGGGGGCCCAGAGGGGGAGCAGCAGGACCGGGCUGCACAAGCAUCUGCCUCGGACAAUCAGACCCCAGCCUGUCGCCUUAUCUUAUCGACGUACCGAGCCUCAAACAGUUCCGCCAGGAUACAGGAAAGACACGAUCAGUACGACGGUCUCUGUUUGCCCAGUCCUCAGGCCUUGGCAGUGGUGUUUACUGGGAGUGGGCCAACGAUGAAGGUGGUUGGACUACAUACGAGACAAGAACCUCUAUUCUUUUGGAGCACAGUUACCAGGCCCGACAAGGCACUGCAGACCUGGGCCCUCACGGUUAUAAUUACAUAGUGGACCUCACAUCUCUGUCUCAAGUUAACAAAGCCACAGGGUUCAGGCGUCAGGUGAGGCGCCAGUGUAACCUCCCAUAUCCGCUGGCAUCCAACGGGCCCCCGGCUAUCCCUUCAGGGCCUGCCUGCUCAUGCCAGCAGUGUUUGAGCCACAGCAGCACGGGACCCAUUUCCAGCCGCUCACGACAUUCAUUUUCUUCAGGAAGUCUGAACAGGCCCAGCCUCCAAAGCACAGGGAGAGCUGUGGCGGCGCACCCCACCUCUGUGUACUCGCCUUACCCCAGAAGGCCCCUCUCUGUUGGGGGGGUGUCCUGGGGCAACUCCUGGCCUCCACCACUACCAGGAAGUCAAAUGACUGCUCCGAUGCUGAGCAGCUCUGCCAGUGCCAAUGGGCUAAGUGUUCCCUCCAUCCCUGUGCAGCUGAAUGGAUCUACCAGCGUCAGCUCUGCACUGGCAGGCAUGGCCUCCAUCUUGAUGUCGGCAGUGGGUCUCGGCGUGCACUUCACCAAUGCCCCCCUCCCUCAGCAGCAGCAUCUGCAGCAACAUCUCCAUCAGCAGCAGCAGCAGCAUCCUGCUCCUCUUUCUCUUCCUCCGCCUCCUCCUCUUCUACCUCCUCCCCCUCCUCUCCUCCCAUCAGCCAGCAGAGGCAGCAAACCCCUCAGCAGCAGCAACAGCAGCAGCAGCAGCAGCAGUUCAGUUAGGAGAGCAAAGAGGCAGCACAGGAGAGCCUCGGCUCAGAAACCCGAGGAGGUGAUUCGUCGUUACGUGGAGGUGGUGGCUGCCGUGCCUGAUGAGGACUGUAUUAUCUGCAUGGAUCAGUUGUCUAAUCCAUCCGGCUACGACACCGUGUCCACAGAGGACGGAGGCCAGAGCAUCCUGCCUGACACUGUGGGGAAGUUCAUCAAAUGUGGACACACCCUGCACAUGCUCUGCAUGCUGGCCAUGUACAACAAUGGCACCAAGGACGGCAGCUUGCAGUGUCCCUCGUGUAAGACAAUCUACGGAGAGAAGACGGGCACUCAGCCCAAAGGAAAGAUGGAAAUUUACAGCAUCGGCCAGUCGCUGCCCGGCCAUCCAGACUGUGGAACCAUCCAGAUCAUCUACAGCAUUCCUCCUGGAAUACAGGGUCCAGAGCAUCCGAACCCAGGGCAGCCAUUCACCUGCAGAGGUUUCCCAAGAUUCUGUUUCCUUCCAGACAGUGACAAAGGCAGGAAGGUUCUGGAACUUCUGAAGGGGGCGGGGAUGCGUCGGCUCAUCUUCCCUGAAGGAAAGCUAAAAUAA